AACCACAACUUCCAGUCCAUAACGAGAUGACAGUUCCACCUCAAGGACAAGAUCAAGCUCAGCGUUCAAGCUUGCCCAGUGUCACUGCUAAACCUGUUGACCUGGAGUUUACUGUACCUCCAGAGCCUUCUACAACCCUGCAGCAGACUCUAGCUCCUCCAGAGGAUCCAGAGGUGACACUUCCACAUCCAGAACAUGUUGAGGCUCAGAGUCCAAAUUUGUCUGAAGUCACAGUUCAACCUUUAGAUCUGGAGCUUACCAUAACACCAGAACCCAUUACAGAGGUUGAAACUUCAACCAUGCAAGAGACUCCAGGUCCUCCUUUAGAGCCACCUGACGAGUUUGUAAUGCAGCCUCCCAUGUAUCGGGAGGUGACAGUUCCAACUCCAGGUCAGGAUCAAGCUCGGCAUCUAUUGUUACCCAAUGUAACGGUUCAGCCUUUGGACUUGGAGCUUACCCUAACUCCAGAACCCACCACAAAAGUUGAACAUUCUACAACCGUGAGUAAAACUACUGCUCCUCCAAAGGACCUGGAAGUGACAUUUGCACAUCAAGAGCAGGUUCAAGCUCAGCAUCCAAUCUUGACUGAAGUCACAGUUCAGCCUUUGGACCUGGGGCUUACCAUAACUUCAGAAUUCACUAAGGAGAUUGAACUUCCUCAACCUAUGCAGGAGACUCCAAGCCAGCUUCCAGAGCCACCUAAGGAGGUUACUGUAGCUCAAUCUCCAGUAUAUCAGGAGGAGACCAUUCCAACACCAGGUUGGGAUCAAAUUCAGCAUCCAUCAUCACCCAGUGUAACAGUUCAACCUUUGGACCUGGAGCUUACUGUAAGUCCAGAACCCACUACAGAAGUUGAACAUUCUACAGCCCUGAAAAAGACUAUAGCUCCUCCAAAAGACGUGGAGGUGACAUUUGCACAUCUCGAGCAGGUUCUGUCUCGCCGUCCAAACUUGACUAAGGUCACAGUUCAACCUUUGGACCUGGAACUUACCAUAACUCCAGCAUCCACUACAGAGAUUGAACCUUCUCCAGCCAUGCCUCUAGAGCUGCCUAAGGAACUUGUAGCUCAACCUUCCAUAUAUCAAGAGGCAGCAGUUCCAACGUCAGCUCAGGAUCAAGCUCAGCACCUGUGGUCACCAAAUGUGACAACACAACCUUUGGCCCUAGAGCUUACCAUAAGUCCAAAACCCACUACAGAGGUUGAACAGUCCACAACUCUGCAUCAGACUACAGCUCCUCCAAAGGACCUUGAGGUGACAUUUCCACCAUCAGAGCAGGUUCAGGUUCAGCAUUCAACCUUAAAUAAAGUCACAGUUAAACCUUUGGACUUGGGGCUUACCAUAACUCCAGAACCUACUACAGAGACCAAACCUUCUCCAACCAUGCAAGAGACCCCAACUCAGCCUCCAGAGCCACCUAAGGAGGUUGUAGUUCAAUAUCCAUUCCAUCAGGAGGGGACAGUUCCAACCCUAGGUCAGGAUCAGGCUCUGUAUCCAACUUUACCCAGUGUCACAGUUCAUCCUGUGGACAUGGGACUUACCAUAACUUCAGAACCUACUACCCAGGUUGAACGUUCUACAACCACCAAGACUACAACUCCCCCUCCAAAGGACCUUGAGAUGACGCUUGCGCAUCUCGAGCAGAUUCAGAGGCAACAUCCAAACCUGACUGAAGUCACUGUUCCACCUAUGGACCUGGAAAUUACUGUAACUGCAGGAUCCAAUAUGGAAGUUGAACUUUCUCCAGCCAUGCAAGAGACCCCAACUCAGCCUCCAGAGCCACCUAAGGAGGUUAAAGUUCAAUAUCCAUUUCAUCAGGAAGUGAUGAGUCCAACUCCAAGUAAGGGUGAAGGCCAGCAUCCAGAAUCACCCAGCAUCACAUUUCAUCAUGGGGGCUUGGGGCUUACCAUUACUCCAGAACCUAUUACAGAGGCUAAACAUUCUGCAACCACGAAGAAGACUACAGCUCCUUCUCCAGCGGACCUUGAGGUGACACUUGCACAUCCAGAGCGUGUUCAGAGUCAACAGCCAAACCUGACUGAAGUCACUGUUCCACCUAUGGACUUGGAAAUUACUGUAAGUCACCAACCAGAGUCAUCUGAGUCGGUUCUCCCCCCAACGACUCAGCACUCAGUGGUGCAUUUUGCAAAAUACUUCCCAGAAAAGGCAUAUACAACUUUCACUGAGCAGCCAGAACAGAAUGUUACCACAAACGUCAACAUAUGUGAGCUCUGUACCUGCAAAGAUGAGACGCUAUCGUGUACUGGUUUCAGCCCAAAGCAGAGGCUCCGCAGAGUGCCUGUGCCAGAGCCCAACACGGACAACACCUUCACCAUCUUGGUUACAACGCAGUUUGGUGGAUCAUGAACUAUUAACACUGGAGAUUUUCAGGUAGAUUUUCCACUAGCUUUUCAGAAUAUUGAAGCAAUCUGAGUCCAUGGAGUUUGAUUCUGGGAGUCUAAUGUGGUGGUGUUAAGAUGGGAUGUGCUGAAACCCGCCUGGUGAAGAAUGCUGGCUUGGGAGCCGGAAGAAAUGAACUUGAGUCCUAGAUUUUCCACUUACUAAUUGGGUCAGUUUGUCAAGUUUUCUCACAAUCUGAGACUGGAUUUCCUCAUUUGGAAGAAGUUUUGUAAGAAUCAGAUGACUUGAUAUACAGGCAUGGCAUUGCAAACUGAAGAGUGCCAUCUAAAUAUAAGGAAUUGUACAGGUUGUGGUUUAUUGAAUAAAGUCUAGAAAUAUAAUCCAUAAGUGGAAUUUUUUAAAUGGAUUAUAGCAUAUAUGUUUACAUGUGCCCUUCACACUUCUAAAGGGGACUUGUAAUAGGACAGAGAGAAAUUGUGGUUGAGUUAAAAAGAAAUUUUUUGUAAGUCCAGACAGAUCAGGUUGCUGGGAUUCCAACUACCUGCUCGUACAAACAUUAAGGCAUUCUAAGAACAUCAUAUUUUAUGUUAUCAAGAUCAGUGACUACUUGCUAAUGUCUAUUUUCAGGCUAGACUUUUAACUUAAGCUCAGAUUGUUUUUUUUCAACUAUUUGCCCAGCAUCUCCUCCCGGAGGCUACAUAGGCACCAUUUUCUUCUAUGCCUUCCUCUGAUCUUCCCCCUGACCAGAUGUGUCCCUGCCUCCAAACACAGCAACAAAAACUGUUUCUCUGGCCUCUAUGGUUUUGGCUGUUGAGGGCUCCAUUAGCACUAAGUAAACUUGGGAAAAAUUCAUGGACAAUGUGCAAGGAUGAGAAACCUGGGAACCAUCCUGUACUUCUUUCUUCCUAAUACCUCAUACAAAUCCCAUUGAUUACGGAAUCCUGGUGACCUUCCCUCAUAACAAUUGCCUAUUGUUUUUGUUGUGAUCUUCACCCAAACCGUUAGCAUCUCUUGGUAAAACUUUUACAAUGCCCUGCCGUAGGCCUUCCUAUCUUUAGUGAAGAUUUCCUUCAAAUUUAUUUUCCCCAUUCCAGCCAGACUGAGGGUUUACUCUUUCUGAAGCACAAACAUGAUAACUUCUCUUUACUCUUCAAAACCCUUUAAUUUUGGUCUUUGGUUGAACUUUGAGAAAGGCAGUGGUUCUCAAGUUUGGUAGCCAUCUCAACCAACUAGGAAGCUUUGAAAAUUUCUGAUGCCUGAGAUCCAAUCCCAAGGCUGAUUUAAUUAGUCUGGAGGAACAAAUAGGCAUCAUAAUAUUGUUUACUGUGUGCAUCUAGAAUUGAGAAUCUACAGAAAGAUGUACAGCAUACAGCUCAAGAGAGAAAGUUCUGGAAUCAGGUAAGAUUAGGCCCUACUCUUUAUCACUUACUAGAUUUGAGGCAAGUUAUUUGACCUAUAGUUUUUAUCAUCUGUGAAAUGACAAUAAAAUAGUAGGACUCUCAUUAGGAUUUUUUUUUCAAGAUUUUAUUU